AUGAGUCGCCAGGCCAGCUACAGCCAACAAUCCUGCAGGUCUUCUGGUGGGGGCCACCGCCAGGGCUUCAGUGGGCACUCAGCUAUUGUGUCGAGUCAAAGCCGGAUCAGCUCCACCAAGUCCUCCUUGGCCUCCCGCUCAGGUGGGGGUGGCGGUGGCUCGGCUGCCUGUGCCAUGAUGGGUGGAGGCUUUGGCAGCAGGAGUCUUUACAGUCUAGGGGGGAAUAAGAAGAUCUCCAUCAGCGUGGCUGGAGGCAGCACCCGGGCUGGCGGGUUUGGGGGUGCCAGUGGAGGAUAUUUAAGAGGCAGUGGUUUUGGAGGUGGUGGACGAGGGAUGGGCGGGGGCUUUGGUGGAAGAGCUGGGGGCUUUAGAGGGGGAGCUGGCGGUUUUGGAGGAGGAGCUGGAGGCUUCGGAGGAGGAGCUGGGGGCUUUGGUGGAGGAGUUGGAGGCUUUGGUGGCCCUGGUGGCUUUGGUGGUCCUAGUGGUCCAGGUGGCUUCCCUGGGGGAAUCCAGGAAGUGACUGUCAACCAGAGCCUCCUGCAGCCCCUCAAUGUGGAGAUUGACCCCCAGAUUGGGCAAGUGAAGGCCCAGGAGCGGGAGCAGAUCAAGACCCUCAACGACAAGUUCGCCUCCUUCAUUGAUAAGGUGCGGUUCCUGGAGCAGCAGAACAAAGUCCUGGAGACCAAGUGGAGCCUCCUGCAGGAGCAGGGCUCUGGCUCUAACACCAACAACCGCAACCUGGAGUCUUUUUUUGAGAACUACAUCAGCAGCCUCAAGGCCUUUCUGGACGGGCUGCACAUUGAGAAGGACAAGCUGCAGGAGGAACUGAGGAGCAUGGAGGAGAUGGUGGAGGACUUCAAGAAGAAGUACGAGGAGGAGAUCAACAAGCGCACAGCGGCAGAGAACGACUUCGUCGUCUUGAAAAAGGACAUUGAUGCUGCCUAUAUGACUAAAGUGGAGUUGGAGGCCAAGGUGGACAGUGUGACUGAUGAGAUCAACUUCCUGAAGGCCCUCUACGAUGCUGAGCUGUCCCAGUUGCAGUCAGACACCAGCGACACGUCCGUAGUCCUGUCCAUGGACAACAACCGGGACCUGGACCUGGACAGCAUCAUCGCUGAGGUCCGCGCCCAGUAUGAGGCCAUUGCCCAGAGGAGCAAGGCCGAGGCUGAGGCGCUGUACCAGACCAAGUUGGGUGAGCUGGAGACCACGGCCGGCAGGCAUGGAGAUGACCUGAAGAGCACCAGGAGUGAGAUCUCGGAGCUCAACCGGCUGAUCCAGAGGCUGCAGGCUGAGAUCGAGAGCAUCAAGAAGCAGAAUACCAACCUGCAGACGGCCGUCGCUGAUGCAGAGCAGCGGGGGGAGGUGGCUCUCAAGGAUGCUGACACCAAGCUUCAGGAGCUCAAGGUUGCCCUGCAGCAAGCCAAGGAGGACCUGGCCCGGCUGCUGAAGGAGUACCAGGAGUUGAUGAAUGUCAAGCUGGCCCUGGACGUUGAGAUCGCCACCUACAGGACCCUCCUGGAAGGCGAGGAGUGCAGGAUGUCUGGGGAGUGCCAGAGUGCUGUGAGCAUCGAAAUGGUUCACAACACCAGCAGCAGCAGCAGCAGCGGUGGCGGCAGCGGCGCCCUGGGAGGAGGAGCUGGGGGUCGCGGAGGAGCUGGGGGCCGCGGAGGCCUGGGCAGCGGGGGUCUGGGCAACGGGGGUCUGAGCAGCGGGGGUCUGGGCCGUGGAGGCCUGGGCAGCGGGGGCCGCAGUGGCGGGGGUCUGGGCAGUGGGGACCAAAGCUGUGGGGUCAGCCGCGGGGGCCUCGGCUCUGGUGCGGUUUCCAGCGGGAGCUCCGCGGGGCGCGGAGGCCUCUCCACUUCCGGUGGCAUCGUUAGUGGGGGCAGCAGCAGCAGCAGCAGCCGCAGCUCUGUCCAGAUCUCUCAAAGCUCCUCCCAGAGCCAGCGGUCCCACCACAAAUUCUGAACGGGAUGCCCAAGGUGUCCCCAAAUCCCCCAGCUUCCUUUACCUGCCAGCACGCCCCAGCUCUGUGCGCCCCUUCACACCCCUGGGGGACCAUUUCCCAACGUAGCUUUAGAUCUGUGCACCCAGGAACCCUCCUGCCCAGACGGCUGGCGUUGCAGCCUGAAAUUUGCUCGGAGGGUAAUCUCGUUGAAAAAUACAUCUACGUCCAUAAGGCUGAGUGGCAGGGCAGUGCCCAGGAGCUGGACCGUAUCACCACCUCCCCCGAGCAGAGGACCCCACCCCAGCCGCCUGUCCCACUGCCUUGCAAGAAAGCUCCAGCCAGCCCUAUGCACACCCGGCUCCCCCUCCUUUUAGCCAGGGGCAAACCACCCCCACUCCCCACCCCAUCCGGCGCUGGUGCUUUGAUUUCCCUUGAGCUGUCUUGUCUUGGUACCAAGAUAAGAAUUCUCUGUUCUGUAUCUUCAGUAAACUGCAUUGUU